AUGGCAGCUAUCAGCCUACUUAAUCGCGUCACAGGGUCUUCGGAUGCAACUUACCUUAAAUUGGACGAAUCGGACCUCUCACAGCGUCAUCUGCAAAUGAGAACUGAUGUCUACGAGUCGAUAGGCCAUUCCUCCAUGAGCGUCUAUGUCAACUCCUGGUAUGUUGGCCAUUCUCAGGCUGUGGGUCCGCGUCGCCCACGGGUUGAUUGUGCUGGUGACGAUGUCCCAGCCACAUUCUUUACGCCCGCUUCGGACUUCGCCGCAUCUAACGGCGUACGUCAGUCGUCGACCAAUCAACAGUCCGCCGUAAACGCCGCCGCCGCCCCCGGGGUGCCUCCUUCAGUUAGCGGUUGGCAGACCCCAGACUCUGGUGCCUGCAGUUGCAGCACCAAUGAUGCUAGCGGAUCCGCAGCCACUGGUCCAGGGAUUCCACUGACAUCGAAUGUUCAUCUUGCUCCAACCUUCCUCAUACAUGGUUUUCACCUGCUCCCACUCCACGCGCUUCUUGCACACCUCACCACCUUGUCUACGCCGGCCUCGAUGCGACCUUUGUGCCCAGACGGUAACCAUAGCGCUAUAUCGCCAUCUGUGGUGAACACCUCGUAA